GGGCACUCAGUGUAUCACAAACUCAAGCAUUAGCACCAACAAGCUCUGAGCAUCAUCAGUCUCUGGAAAGCCUUCUGAAUUAGACAAGGGCUGCCUCUCAGCACAGCUACAAAACACUUUAAACCUGACCAGCUAAAUGGAUAAACCUAGCCUGCAUAGCUUUUAAACUGGGGUCUCAUACAGCACAGGAGGCCUACUUGCUUCAAGAACUGAAAAUCCAGAGGAUGAAUUGCUUUAUCUGGGAAUGGCAAAAGCCAGCACAAUAAGGAAUGCCAGUUUGUAUGGGGCUUCUAGCUCACAUGCCGGAUCAGAAUGGUGUGAAUGACAGCCGCACUGUGUCAUGAAGGUGGUGGUGGUUUCAGCACGAGAGACCAAAUAAGAAGAAAGCUGAGAGAGGGGGGAACCGUUUUCGGAUGACAAAGGAUGGGUUUCCAUUUAAUUACGCAGCUGAGAGGCAUGCGUGUGGUGCUAGUGCUACUUCCUACACUGCUGCUUGUUAUGCUCACGGGGGCUCAGAGAGCUUGCCCAAAGAACUGCAGAUGUGAUGGCAAAAUUGUAUACUGUGAGUCUCAUGCUUUCGCAGAUAUCCCUGAGAACAUUUCUGGAGGGUCACAAGGCUUAUCAUUAAGGUUCAACAGCAUUCAGAAACUCAAAUCCAAUCAGUUUGCCGGCCUUAACCAGCUUAUAUGGCUUUAUCUUGACCAUAAUUACAUUAGCUCAGUGGAUGAAGAUGCAUUUCAAGGGAUCCGUAGACUGAAAGAAUUAAUUCUAAGCUCCAACAAAAUUACCUAUCUGCACAAUAAAACAUUUCACCCAGUUCCCAAUCUCCGAAAUCUGGAUCUCUCCUACAAUAAACUUCAGACAUUGCAAUCGGAACAAUUUAAAGGUCUUCGGAAACUCAUCAUUUUGCACUUGAGAUCUAACUCAUUAAAGACUGUGCCCAUAAGAGUUUUUCAAGACUGUCGAAAUCUUGACUUUCUGGAUUUGGGUUACAAUCGUCUUCGAAGCUUGUCCCGAAAUGCUUUUGCUGGCCUCUUGAAGUUGAAAGAGCUCCACUUGGAGCACAAUCAGUUUUCCAAGAUCAAUUUUGCUCAUUUUCCACGUCUCUUCAAUCUCCGCUCAAUUUACUUACAGUGGAACAGGAUUCGCUCCAUUAGCCAAGGCUUGACAUGGACUUGGAGUUCCUUACACAACUUGGAUUUAUCAGGGAAUGACAUCCAAGGAAUUGAGCCGGGCACUUUUAAAUGUCUACCCAAUUUGCAAAAAUUGAAUUUGGAUUCCAACAAGCUUACCAACAUCUCACAGGAAACUGUCAAUGCGUGGAUAUCAUUAAUAUCCAUCACUUUGUCUGGAAAUAUGUGGGAAUGCAGUCGGAGCAUUUGUCCUCUAUUUUAUUGGCUUAAGAAUUUCAAAGGAAAUAAGGAAAGCACCAUGAUAUGUGCAGGACCUAAACAUAUCCAGGGUGAAAAGGUUAGUGAUGCAGUGGAAACAUAUAAUAUCUGCUCUGAAGUUCAGGUGGUCAACACAGAAAAAUCACACCUGGUACCCCAAACGCCCCAGAAGCCUCUGAUUAUCCCUAAACCUACAUUUUCCAAAUCUGACCCCACCCAGCCCACCCUUGAAACACCAAGCCCUUCCCCAGGGUUUCAGAUUCCUGGCACAGAGCAAGAGUAUGAGCAUGUUUCAUUUCACAAAAUUAUUGCAGGGAGUGUGGCUCUGUUUCUCUCGGUGGCCAUGAUCCUCUUGGUAAUCUAUGUGUCUUGGAAACGCUACCCAGCCAGCAUGAAACAACUUCAGCAACACUCUCUUAUGAAAAGGCGGCGGAAAAAGACCAGAGAGUCUGAAAGACAAAUGAAUUCCCCUUUACAGGAGUAUUAUGUGGACUACAAGCCUACAAACUCUGAGACCAUGGAUAUAUCCGUUAAUGGAUCUGGGCCCUGCACAUAUACCAUCUCUGGCUCCAGGGAAUGUGAGCAGAUCCCGCACCACGUGAAGCCCCUGCCCUAUUACAGCUACGACCCGCCCGGGAUGGGCUACUGCCAGGCGCACCAGCCGCUGCGCGUCCACAAGGGCUACGAAGCGGUGUCCCCGGAGCAGGACGAGGCCCCCAGCCUGGAGCUCGGGCGCGACCACGGCUUCAUCGCCACCAUCGCCAGGUCGGCGGCGCCGGCCAUUUACCUGGAAAGAAUAGCAAACUAACUGCGAAAGCCCAGGCCUCACGGGGGGACCCGGGCGCGGGGACAGAGGGCUUCACCUUCGAGGAGAAUGAAUGGGUGUCCCCAGCCGCGCAUCCAUCCUGUUCAAACGCUUAGGACGGGGAGCAAAGGAAGGACGACACUGAUCCUGCCGAGAGAGGGUAGCGGAUGCACCUGCAACGUAACCAGGAGAACCAUAGACCUGUCUUUGCUUCAAAACCUAAAACAAGCAAAAAUCCUCCUGGAUGUAAAUAGUGGAAGUGUCGAGUUCUUAUAAAAAUAGAUUUCACCCUAGCCACACAAUAGGUUUGUUUGUAUAUUUGCUUUUUCUACACUGCAUGGUUCCUGGGCUGGAGAACCACAGGAGGGGUGGGGGGUGGGGACCUGGGGUUGGGGGGAAGUUGGGGGAACAAAUCAGUUUUCCUUGUUAGCUGUGUGUGACUCUCAGACUUGAUUUCAAUUGCUUUAUUUCACUUUCCCUCUAAAAUGCUGUUUGUUUGUUUGUUUGUUUGUUUGUUUCCUAUUUGGUUUGGUUUAUUUUCACUUUCGCCCCCCUGCCCCCCCCCCCCUCCGCCGGUCAAGUGAUUCUGUUUCCAAUUCUAAAUAUGGGCAUUAAAGCUUAUGUUGUACCAAAAGAAAAUCUGCUUUACUACAGACCACAAAGAACAAAGUUGACCACAGAGUUUGACAAAACUACUAGAAUGAAAAUCCUGUAAAAUCUGGGUGAAUGAUCCUUCAAGACACACGAUGUACACAGUGUGAAGAGUCUUGACUUUCUUUUUUUUUCCUACUGGCAGUCCUCACCCUCACUGUGAGUUUUCACUGUGUAAGACUUCUGAAUGGGAUCUGUGCAGACUUCCAGUUGGAAAGACCAGCAGAAAUCUUCUCAUUUGGACAUGGGCAUAUGAAAAACAAUGGCCAUGUGGUCAAUGAAUGAAACUGCCAAGGUGACAAAUUUCUAAACACAGGAUAAUGUAUAACAUUGCUUUUUAAAUUAAUUAUCAAUUAGCUUUUUGUGUAGUUUUUUUUUCAAUAAGAGAAAAUGUUGGAAAAAUAAAUAUAUUAUUUUGUGGUUGGUAUACCACAGCCCACUUAAUGUUGAGUGCUUUAUCUCUUUGUUGUGAAAUCCUUCUAGCCUGUGUCGGUUGGUAUCUACCAAAUGGCUUCUGUGUGUUCUACGAUUAGGUGGGGAGACCCUACAAGGUGUAGAAAAGUUUGAGGUGUGGCAUAUGCAUUAACUCCUUACACAGAUUUCUUUUUCGAAACAUAUGAUGUAACUCAAAAAUUAUAUAACAAUAUGAGGAAAAAAGAGUAGUAUCUAUAAAAGGGUUAGAGGUUAUGCAAUCUUUUAGAAGAAGAAAACUAUAGAAAUUAUCACAAUCUGAAAGAAGCAUAAUGAUCACCCAUUUUUUAAACAAAGGCGAUAAUUAUACACAUAUCGGUUGAAGGAUUUUCACUGGACUUCCUUAGAGCUUUGAUGCCAUAUGUCAGCAAUUCUCUCUGAUUGACAAUGGGCAUUAUCUUGAUCUAGCUAGUGGUCUAAUUUGCCUAGUCCUAUUUUUAAAACAAAAUGUAAUUAUAAAAUUUUUGUCAUCUUUUAUUAGGUCAGGUUUUGCAUUCUGAAAAGUGCUAAUAUACAGUGAUAUUAGUGGGAUUUCUUAAGAACUAAAUUGAUAGCUGGCAUUCAUUUAAUUGCAAAUUCUACUAAAGUAAUAAUUAAAGAGCCUUGUGAAUACUUCCAUAUCAAAGUAAACUAGCAUAGAGUAUUGAGCAUGGUUUUUUUUUUUUCUUCUCAAAGUAAUUCCAGUUUACC